UUGAAAUUUCGGUGGGAAACAGCCAUGGAAGAGGGUGAGCUGGUCUUCCAUAUUUUAGCUUCAAUUCAUCACCGUACCGCGCAUAGAUCUAUAAUAUCUAUCAAUGGCGUUGAAUGAGGGCCAAGAAGAAAUCCAUGUACUCAUGGUGACAUUAACAGCCCAGGGUCACCUUAACCCCAUGCUUAGACUUGCCAAACGCCUGGUUGAUGAAGGCCUUCACGUCACCCUCGCCACCACCCAAUUCGGUUGCCACCGUAUACUCAAAGCCGUCACGACAACCACCACCACCACCGACGCCACCAACUUCAUGUCCGGGAUACGACUUCUCUCUUUCCCGGACGGGUUCAACCUAGACUACGACCGCGGUGCCAAUUUAGACCAUUACAUGGAAUCCUUAGCCAAAGCCGGACCCCUUAACCUCUCCAACCUCAUUAAGCAACAUUACCACCGCACCAAACUCUCUUGCAUCAUUAGCAAUCCCUUCGUUUCGUGGGCUGUCGAUGCAGCUUUGGAGAAUGGAAUCCCUUGCGCCAUGCUUUGGAUACAACCAUGUUCGCUUUACGCCAUUUAUUAUCGGUUUUACAAGCUAAACCAGUUUCCCACCACAUUAAUAAGCAAUAUGAUUAUUGAGCUACCAGGUUUGCCUUUGUUGCACACCGAGGACUUGCCUUCGUUCCUUCUUCCAUCAAAUUCUUUCGGAGGUGUAUUCAAGCUGUUAUCCGAUAUGUUUGAAACCAUAAAGAAAUAUAAAUGGGUAUUGGCCAAUUCGUUCUUUGAGCUAGAGAAAGAAGCCAUUGAGUCAAUGACCGAGCUGUGUCCGAUACGACCCGUUGGUCCAUUGGUACCUCCUUUACUACUCGACCAACACCAAAGUCUUGACGUUGGUAUCGAAAUGGAAAAACCAGACGAAACCUCCUUAGAUUGGCUAAACAAGCAACGACCCCAUUCAGUUAUAUACGUAUCAUUUGGUAGCUUAGCCGUCUUGUCGGCCAAAACAAUGGAAGCCAUAGCAACAGCUUUGAAGAACACCAAGCAUCCAUUUUUAUGGGUGGUGAAGACUGCAGGCCAGUUGCCGUUAGGGUUCGAAGAAGAAACCAAAACUCAAGGGCUCAUCAUCCCAUGGAGUCUACAGACAAAAGUUUUAGCCCACCCAUCGAUCGCUUGUUUUAUAACACACUGUGGAUGGAAUUCCAUGUUGGAAGCAUUAGUAGCUGGUGUACCAAUGAUAGCAUAUCCACAAUGGUCUGAUCAGCCAACAAACGCCAAGCUUGUUGUCGACGUUUUCAAGGUUGGUCUAAAAUUGAAGCCUGGCCCCAAUGGAGUUAUUAGCAAUGAAGACAUAGAGGAAUGUAUAAUCCAAAUGCUUAGUGGGCCGGACUUUGAAGGGUUCAAGAAAAAUGCUGCAGUGUUGAAGCAGGCCGCCUGUGAAGCAGUCACUAGCGGGGGAUCCUCAGAGCGGAAUAUUCGGCUGUUUGUGAAUGAGAUUGCUCGGAGAUCUUGAUCUCUUUAGUUUAUGUUGCAAAAUUUUAUUGUGCUAAAUUGUAAGUAAAUUGGACCAUGCAGGUACGUGGGUCGGUUCAGUGAUAAAAUUUGUGAAAAUUUUAAAUGAGUUUGGUUUGUUUGGGGGUAAGACUACAGAUUAAUAAAAUAAAUGUUGUAAUUUUUAAAUAGUAAA